GUGCAAAAUGUUAUACGCACAACGCUAUAAAGUUUAUAUAAGGGUCAUUGCGUAAAACUAGACGAUUAAUCUGUCAUUGCAUAAAUAUUUGUGCGUACAGAUUUCAUUUUAGUAUUGAAGAUGUUCUAUUGCUUGAUUUUCCUCUUUUGCCUGAUCUCAGGCACGAUUUCCGGGGAUACCAAAUCACCGCGAAUAGUGAUCGUUGGUGCUGGAGCAGCUGGUAUCGAAGCCGCGACGAAAUUGCUUGAAAAUGGUUUCGAAAAUCUCCUGAUUUUAGAAGCUGAAGAUCGAAUUGGCGGACGAGUCAAUACAGUAAAAUUUGACAAUUAUGUGGUCGAUUUAGGCGCUCAAUGGAUUCACGGAGAAAAAGGAAACGUUGUAUAUGAAUUGGUUGCCCCUUUGAAUAUUACAGCUCACUCGGUGCCAAAUCUGCCUGACGUAUAUACGUCUACAGGAGAGUUGAUAGAUAGAACACUCUCCAACAAUCUUACAGAUGCUUAUUUCGAUUUAUUAUACAUGGAGGGAAGUCCAGUUGGUGAUAAAUGCGAGAAUUCUGUUGGCGAAUGUUUCGAGAACAAGUUGAAAGAGCAUUUUAUGCGACAUCCAGAAUUAAAUGAGACGCUACAGGAACAAUUUUUGUGGCUUUUCGAAGUAACGCAAAUUGGUUUUGAUCCUGCUGAUAGUUGGCACGAUAUUUCAAUAGACGAGUUUACGAAUUAUAAACUAUGCGAUGGAGAUCAAGGUGUGAAUUGGAAAGAGCGAGGAUAUGGUACUAUUUUCGAUAUAUUAAUGAAAAAAUUUCCGAAUCCAGAAGAAGAAUUACCUGUACUAAAUAAGACGAUCCUCAAUUCUGAAGUAACAAAAAUCGAUUACUCGAAUGAAGAUAAUGAAGAUAAUACCGUAAAGAUAACGACACUCGAUGGAAGUGAAUAUAAAGCCGAUCAUGUAAUCAUGACGUCCUCUUUAGGGGUGCUUAAAGCACAGUACGAGACUUUGUUUAAUCCUUCAUUGCCGACAAAAAAAAUUAGGAACAUUAAAGGAUUAGGAUUUGGAAAUGCUGGUAAAAUAUUUCUGGCGUUUAACGAUACGUGGUUUGAUGUUAAAGAAUCGAACAAAGUAGGAUAUAAGAUUUUAUGGAGCAAAGAAGAGAGACAGAGACUCGAUAGCAAUCCAAAAACGAGAUGGAUGCCUUACGCGUUAGGCGUUUUCUUUGUCGAGUAUAAGCCCCGUUUACUGUGUAUAUGGAUAUCCGGCAAAGGUGCACGCUUAAUGGAUGACGUUAGCGAUGAAGAACUUCUUGAGCAAUCAGAACAAAUGUUAUACAAUUUAUUAUCAAAAGAUUAUAAUGUCAGUAGACCAAUAGCUAUGAUAAGGAGUAAAUGGCAUAAAAAUAAACACUUCCGGGGUACAUACAGUUUUCAAAGCUUAGAAACAAGGAGAACAAAUUCUAGCGCGUUGCAAUUAUCCGAACCAAUCAUAAAAAUGGGGAAACCCAUAAUUUUAUUCGGAGGUGAAGCUACUAAUGCAGAUUACUUUUCUACAGUACACGGAGCAAUAGGUUCUGGAUGGAGAGAAGCUGAAAGAUUAAUAAAUUUUUACGGAAAAAAUAAUGGUAAAAAUGUCGGAACAAAGUAACAAAUCUUUUGUAUUAACAUAUAGCUGUAUAUUUUUAACAAUGAAUAUAAACUGAUCAACACCGUCUAUUUACUUCAAAAUG